CCAUCCAUAUUGAUUACUGCUCAUACUACCCACCAAAUUCCGCACACAAUUUUAAGUUCCCAAGAACUCUAGAUUUACACUAUUUUCACGUUUUCAAAAGAAACGAAAAAGUUUUAAAAUUGUAACAAAGUCUAUUCACCCCCCCCCCCUCUAGACUUUGUAUCUCACCACUUUGGGACCACCAAUUGGUAUCAGAGCAGCCUUCUCACUAUCUACAUUUAGAUUAACGAGAAGCGAUCAUAAUGGAUCACGGUUUGCCCAACUUCUCUCUUCUAGGUUAUGAUGAUUGGAAGAUCAUGAUGGAAGCACACCUUUACGCCCUACAUGAUUGCAUGUGGAUGGUGCUUGAGGAUGGACCCUUGAAAAUCCAAAUGGAGAACCCUGAGAGGAAUCCAGCCAAUCCUGAUGUUGUCCAGUACAUUCCAAAGCCCAAGGAGAAAUGGGAUGAUAGAGAUUGCAAGAAGCACAAUCUGGACAACGUCGCCAAAGCAGCCAUCUUCAAGACACUUGAUCCCAUCACCUUCUCCAAGAUCAAGUAUCUCAAGACUGCCAUGGAGAUUUGGCAAGGUCUUGGGAAGCUGUGUGAGGGAUCGGAGGACCUGAGAAAGCAGAAGAUAGAAGUCCUGCUUGAAAAGUUCAAAAGCUUCAAAAUGCUUCCCGGAGAAUCAUUUGAUAUGUUGGAUGAAAGAUUCAACAAAAUCUUAAAUGAUCUUGCAUCACUUAACCACAUUCUUUCUCCCAAAGAAAAAAAUGUAAGGUUACUGAGAUCUCUUCCAACUGAGUGGUACACCAAAGCCACAGCCAUGGAAGAAGGAAGAAACCUGGAGAACUACACUGUCCAAGGUCUCCUUGAUGAGCUCAGAACCUAUGAGCAUGAGCUGAUGAAGAAGAAGGAAGAACAAGUCACUCCCUUCCCCACGGCAUUGAUGACAACUCCCAGAGUCCCACCGAGUGAAGGGACAUGCCCAAGGAACUGUGACACACCUUCCUCCAGCCAGCCGAAACCUGGUCAUUGGAAGUCAGCGUGCCCGUACCCAAAGGUGGAGAAGUACGGAGAAAGAGAAAGGAACGAAAAGAAGAAGAAAGCAAUGGUUGCAGCUGAAAGUGACGAGUCAUCCAGCUCAAGCUCGGAUGAGAAGUGCAACCAUGAGGAUCGGUGGACCAUGUCAGAAGAUGACACUCUCUGCCUUAUGGUCAAAGAUGAUGCCGAACAAGAGGAAAUAAAUCUCAAACACUCAUCCUUAACAGAGGAGAACAAGCUAUUGAGUGAAGAGAAUCUCAAGUUGACUGAAGGUCAGAAAAGUCAACUAGAUGAGAUCACUCAACUCAAGACUGAAAGUAAAUCUCUCUCUAAAAAGGUGAAAUCCCUCAACAAGGAGCUUGGGAUACUUAAGUCCAAAGAAGUAGUGGAUAAGCUUCUUGAAGCGACCAAACAAAAGGGUCGUGAAGGACUUGGGUUUGACCCCUCCAGUUCCAAGAGAAAAGGGAGAACAACUUUCAUUCUUCCUAAACCUACUACCAAACCCAAUAAGCAGAAAGGAAAGGAAAAGGAGAAACCCACAGAAGUUCCCAAAAAGGAAGCCGCUAAGUACCCAGGUGUCUGGUACUUAGACAGUGGCUGUUCAAGACACAUGACGGGUGAUGCGAGUCUUUUGAGCAAUCUAAUUCCCUAUGAUGGUCCAAGAGUUACUUUUGGAGGAAGCAAUGAUUUUGGCCUUACUAAAGGGCUAGGAAAUCUGGUGUACAAAGGACCAAUCAUCCAAGCUGUAUCUUAUGUUGAAGGUCUCAACUAUAACCUUCUAAGCAUAAGUCAGUUUUGUGAUAAAGGUUACUCAUUGGAAUUCUGCAAGGACAUGACAUCUCUCAAAAACAUCUCCACAAAUGAAGUCAUUCUCACUGGGAAGAGAAUCAGAAACAUCUAUAAACAAGAAGGAAACUCAAGGGAAGCUCACAAACUGCAUGAAGCUGAUUCAAAAUCAAGCAAGUCAGACCAUCCAGAAGAUCAGAUCUGACAAAGGCACAGAAUUCCUGAAUGAAAUCAUCAUUCAUUA